UUCCCAGAGAGAAGAGAGAUUUUGGGGAGAGACAAACGCGCCCAAUACUCUUUCUGUGAGAUUAAUUUUUUUUUUUUUCUUUUUUCUAUACGUGUAUUUGAAUCUUUUAAAUUCCAUUUUCAUGUAUUUCCGGAAGUCCCAAGUUUGAGUUUUUCGGAAGGAGAGGCCAUGGUUUCGAUUGGGUGAUUUUAGGGUUUGGAAAUUCUGCUUCACCGGAGAUUUUCUUCUCAGCUAGCUCCGUACGAUGUUGUCGAAAGUUGAAGCUGGGAAGAAGAUUAGUGAGGAUUCAGGUAAUGCGAAGUUGUUGAAUGAGAUUGAAGCUAUAAGCAAAGCCCUAUACGUGGAUAAAAACCCAUCUAGGAGUUUGAUUUCUAGGGCCAAUACUCGGUCCAAAUCAACCGGAAAAACCCACUUACCAGAUCCCAAGUCAAAGCUUAAACUUGGUGAGGAGGACUCAUCACGCAAGGACAAGAAGUCCAUUUGGAAUUGGAGGCCAUUGAGGGCCCUUUCCCAUAUCCGAAAUCGUAGGUUUAACUGUCGUUUUUCUCUACUAGUCCAUUCCGUCGAAGGGUUACCCUCAAGUUUUAAUGAUGUUAGUCUUUGUGUGCAUUGGAAGAGGCGGGAUGGGGUCUUGGUCACGCGUCCAUCGAAGGUUUUUCUAGGCAUCACAGAGUUUGAAGAGAAAUUGACUCAUACAUGCUCUGUUUAUGGUAGUAGGAGUGGACCGCACCAUUCAGCAAAGUAUGAGGCGAAACAUUUUUUGCUCUAUGCUUCUGUGUAUGGUGCGCCGGAACUUGAUUUGGGGAAGCAUCGGAUUGAUCUCACAAGGCUGCUGCCCCUGACUUUGGAGGAAUUAGAGGAGGAGAAGAGCUCAGGGACGUGGACAACGAGUUUUAAAUUGUCAGGAAAGGCUAAAGGUGCUAUGAUGAAUGUUAGUUUUGGGUAUUUAGUGAUUGGUGAUAAUCCCGGUGCACCUGGAAAUCCUGAGGUGUUGAGUUCAAGGCAGAAUAGUCGGAGUAUGGCUAAAGCAGAGAUGAAACUUGGUCAAGGUGGUGGCUGGAGCAGAAUGCACCGUGCUGAAAGUCUUCCUGGCAUAACAAACCAACUGUAUCGUGCUGCAUCACGGUCGGUGGAGAACAUAAAAGAUCUUCAUGAGGUUUUGCCAAUAUCAAGGUCGGAACUUGCCAGUUCAGUGGAUAUUCUAUAUAGAAAAUUUGAUGAAGACAUGUUGGAUUGUCCAGUUGAUAAGCCUGAACUUAAUGCUUUUACUGAACAUAUUGAACCCGCCAGACCAAAUUUGAAUCCCUUGUCUGACUCUGGUAAAGAAAUUGUUGAAACUGAGUGUGAAUAUGACGAGUUUUCUGUAAUUGAACAGGGCAUAGAAUUGUCAUCAAAGGAGUCUCUGGAAUCGGAGGAAGUAGUUGUAAAGGCUGCCAAUGUUGCUUCAGUAGAAAGUCCUGACAUUGAAGUUGACGCUGGUGUACAGGUAGCAUUUGAGGUGAGCACUGAGCUUGAUCCCAAGGAUGAGGAAACUGGUAGAUGUGACAAUGAGCUUGCAUUACAUGAAUGUGCUUCAAAUGAGGAUGACAUAUGCACCAAAGAAGCACUCAUGAGAGAGUUAGAGUCAGCUUUAAAUAAUGUGUCAGAAUUGGAGACAGCAGCACUAGAAUCUCCAGAAGACCAUGAAAACUACAUGGAGUUUGAAUCGGAUUAUAAAACAAAUAGUAAAGGAAAGUCACUUAGCUUAGAUGAUGAUACUGAAUCCAUUGCAAGUGAGUUCUUAAACAUGCUGGCAAUAGAACAUAAUUCGUUUGGCUUGAGUUCUGAGAGUGAGGCUGAAUCCCCAAGGGAGCGUCUGUUAAGACAAUUUGAGGAGGAGGCCCUUGCUGGGGGCUGUUCUUUGUUUGAUUUUGAUGUAGGCAGUGGGGACCAAGCAGAAGGUGACUACAAUGCUCCAACUGGCUCUGUGUGGGGAAACUUGUCUGAGGGUUUUGAAUUUUCAUCGGUGAUUCAAGAUGUGGAAAAGGAGCAUCAGAUAGCAACUCAGGCAGAGAGCAGCAAAACAAGAGCCAAAAUACUGGAAGACCUGGAAACAGAAGCCUUAAUGCGUGAAUGGGGCUUGAAUGAGAAUGCUUUUCAACAUUCUCCACCAAAAAGUUCUGAUGGAUUUGGAAGCCCAAUUAAUUCACCUCCUGAAGGGCCAGUUGAAUUGCCUCCUCUUGGAGAAGGGUUAGGUCCUUUUCUUCAGACAAAAAAUGGAGGUUUUGUUCGGUCUAUGAGUCCCUCUGUUUUCAGCAAUGCAAAAAACGGUGGGAGCCUGAUUAUGCAGGUUUCUAGUCCAGUCGUCAUACCUGCAGAAAUGGGUUCUGAGAUAAUGGAGAUAUUGCAGUGUUUGGCCUCAGUGGGAAUUGAAAAGCUUUCUAUGCAGGCCAAUAAGUUGAUGCCUUUGGAAGAUAUCACCGGAAAGACAAUACAGCAAGUGGCAUGGGAGGCAGCAUAUACUCUGGAGGGAUCUGAGAGGCAACCUUUAUUGCAGCAUGAAACGGUGGUUGAACAAGAGAUGUUUGGUGGGCAAAAGAGAGUUAGCAGGAGGUCAGCCGAACCCAGGUCUAAUAACUCUAGUUCUGUCUCAAUAGGCAAUAAAAUGGGGUCGGAAUAUGUCUCUCUAGAAGAUCUUGCACCUUUAGCUAUGGAUAAGAUUGAAGCACUUUCAAUGGAAGGGUUGAGAAUACAAUCCGGGAUGUCAGAUGAAGAUGCACCUGCAAACAUCAGUGCAAAGUCAAUUGGGGAUGUUUCGGCCCUUCAGGGCAAGGGGAUUAACAUCAGUGGGUCCGUAGGUUUGGAGGGAGCUGCUGGAUUGCAAUUGUUGGACAUAGAAGAUGGUGGCGAUGAUGUUGAUGGAUUAAUGAGCCUCUCAUUAAGUCUUGAUGAAUGGAUGAGGUUGGAUUCUGGUGAAAUUGAUGAUGAUGAUUGUAUCAGUGAACGCACUUCUAAAAUCCUUGCUGCCCAUCAUGCUAACUCAUUGGACUUGAUCCGUGGAGGUUCGAAGGGAGAGAGAAGACGGAUCCACUACGAAAUUAUGAGCCUGUUGGUGCACCAAUGCUUGCUCUUAUUCAAGUAGAGAGAGUAUUUGUCCCGCCAAAGCCAAAAAUAUACAGCACAGUUUCAGAAGUAAGGAACAGUAAUGAGGACGACGAGUCUGAGUCAGCAGUAGUGGAAACAAAGCACGAAACAAAAGAAGAGAAAACAUCUGAAGAGGAGGGCAUUCCUCAGUUUAAAAUCACCGAAGUCCAUGUUGCCGGUUUGAAGACUGAGCCUGCAAAGAAGAAGCUUUGGGGUACCUCGACCCAGCAGCAAUCUGGUUCCCGCUGGUUGGUUGCUAAUGGAAUGGGGAAGAACAAUAAGCAUCCCUUUAUGAAGUCAAAGGCUGUUGCUAAGUCCGCCGCCCCGGCGACAAUGAAGGUGCAACCUGGUGAUACCUUGUGGAGCAUCUCAUCUCGUGUUCAUGGUACUGGAGCUAAAUGGAAGGAUUUGGCAGCAUUAAAUCCACAUAUACGAAACCCCAAUAUUAUCUUACCAAAUGAAACUAUCAGGCUGCGAUGAGUGGAACAUGUAAUUUGGAUCUUGCCUGUGAUUGGUUUCAGCUUCGAUAGGAGGCAAAGGUUGGUGAGUUUUGAUUGUGGGGUGUUCUCUUGUAUCUACUUCAAAUAUGGUCAUCCAAUACGUAUACAUGCACUACGAGAUAAAAGAUGAAUGGUUUUGCUCUAUCUUCGUUUUUCUUUUGUAAAUCCAUUUGUAAUUAUGCAUGUUUGAAGGAAUGGUAUUUUCUUUGACAGUAGCUAGUACUUGCAUGCAAGAAUAAUACAGAAGUUGUGGACUUUGUAGAAGAGAGGUGUUUCAAUUGCUUUUCAUUUGCAUUUUUUUUUGUGGCCAGCCUCUGGAUUCAGUGUGCUGAAGAAUGAAGAUGAAGAGAAUUUGUAU